GAUGCUAUCAUUUUGAGCUGGAAUGAAAUAUCAUCUAACACUACAGGAUAUAACGACACAGCUUAUAUCGGAGUGUUUUACAUGGUGAGGGAUUUGGCUUUCACGCUUGGGACUCCUCCGGUGGGAUCGCUUAUCGAUACGUGGAAGUGGAACCCGAACACUGUACUGCUGAGUGGUGCUAUUGUAGCUGGGUUGGGUUAUGCUAUUAUAGGCAUAGCUGGAGCUUACUUUAGCACAUGGAUAACGGCGAGGAUAUGCAUAUCUCUCAUAUUAAUUGGAGUUGGACAGGCUCCUGUAUUCAGUGCGACGUUGCCUGCCAUGGUCGAAGAGGCCACUGCUCUUGGGUUAAAGAAGGACGAUGAGUCUUGUGGAAUCCUAGCUGCGCUUCAGAACUUUGCAUUCUACGGAGGAUUAUGGGCAGGCUCGGUUAUAAGCGGAACAGUUACCUAUUACUACGGGUUCCCGAUCUGUACUGGUGUGUUCGGAACAGCUGUGGUGGUGGUAGCUCUUAUACACGCCAAUAUACACGUGUUUUGUCAGAAGAGGAUAACGUAUCAGUCUCUUGAGAGUUUAGACUUGUUAGAGGAGUGA